AUGUCCAGCCCUCCACCAAGUUCUUCCCACCCGCCGCCGCACUCCGACGUCCCCGCCGUUCUCUCCCCGGCGGAGAUCACCGCAGCCCUCCGCGAUCUCGCCACCGCGGUCCAGGAGAUCCACCUCUACUUAGCCGGCCCCUACGGGCCGCCGCCGGCCGCACCACCAGCCGCCACCACCGGGCCGCUGCUCUUGCCGUGGCAGCCACCGCAUCUGGCGGUCUCCGCCGCGGUCGCCGCCACCACCCUGCCCUUGUUGCCGUGGCCGUCCCAGCCCCUCGCGGGCCCCAUCACAGCCGUGGCCUCGCUGCAGCAGCCGGCGCCGCCACCGCCCUGGUUGCCGUGGCCAUCCCAGCCCCUCGCGGGCCCCGUCGCGGCCAUGGCCCCGCUGCAGCAGCCGGCGCCGCCGCCACUCAGCCCCGGGCCAGCUACGACCGCGUCUCUUCUCCAGCAGCCGGCCGCCUUCUUCCCCACCGGGACGCUGCAGCAGCAACAGCAGCCGCCGCCGCCACCAACGCCGCCGCUGCAGCUGCUGUCCUCACCGACGUUGUCGCUGCCGUUCGGUGGGCAGCUGCAACAGCAGCAGCAGCUGCCAGGUCCUUACAAUUCUGGUUUAACAGCUGAAUAA